UCACCACAAGCCCACAAACGGCGAAAAUGGCCCCAGAACCAGCAGCGCCGGAAACUCUGACGAACUACUGGGGCGACCAACCGGAGGAAGAAUUCUACGCCUCUCAAGGAGUUCGAAACUCCAAAUCCUUCUUCGAAACCCCCCAUGGCAAGCUCUUCACACAGAGCUUCAUUCCUCUGGACUCGCCAGAGCCCAAAGGCACCGUCUACAUGACUCACGGCUACGGCUCCGAUACCGGCUGGAUGUUCCAAAAGAUCUGUCUCAGCUACGCCUCUUGGGGCUACGCCGUCUUCGCCGCCGAUCUCCUUGGCCAUGGCCGCUCCGAUGGCCUCCGCUGCUACCUCGGCGAUAUGGAAAAAGUCGCCGCCGCCUCCCUCUCCUUCUUCCUCCACACCCGCCGUAGCGAGCCCUACCGCCAUCUCCCUGCCUUCCUCUUCGGCGAGUCCAUGGGCGGUGCCGCCACCAUGCUCAUGUACUUCCAGUCAGAUCCAGACACCUGGACCGGCCUGAUCUUCUCUGCGCCGCUUUUUGUCAUUCCGGAAAACAUGAAACCGAGCAAACUCCGCCUCUUUCUCUACGGCCUCCUCUUCGGCGUCGCCGACACUUGGGCCGCCAUGCCGGACAAUAAAAUGGUGGGAAAGGCGAUUAAGGAUCCGGAGAAGUUGAAAAUCAUAGCGGCGAAUCCUAGACGGUACACAGGACCACCGAGGGUUGGGACAAUGAGGGAAUUGGUUAGAGUUACGCAGUACAUUAGAGACAAUUUUUCGAGGGUUACGGCGCCAUUUCUGACGGUGCACGGGACAGCGGACGGAGUGACGUGUCCGUCGUCGUCGGAAUUACUGUACGAGAAGGCGGCGAGCGUGGAUAAGACCUUGAAGCUUUACGAGGGGAUGUACCAUUCGUUGAUUCAAGGGGAGCCGGAUGAGAAUAUGGAAAUUGUUCUGAGGGAUAUGAGGGAGUGGAUCGACGAGAGGGUUCAGAGAUAUGGAUCGAAGAAAUAGAAACUCAAAAUGGGUGAAGGUGGGCGUUAAUGGCGGAAAUGGAGGAGAUCUCUGUGUGCGUGUUUCUGGAUAAUGAAAAUGGCAUAACUGGUAAUUUUGAUGUGUUUUUUGGGCUAUAGUUUUCGUAAUGCCAAUUUGCUUCCUUGACUUUCUUUCUUCUUAUUCUAUUAAAAAUAAACUUAAAUUCUAAUGUACCUUAUUUUAUCUAUUUA